AGGGGGGUUGAGAAGGGUUGAAAGUAUUUGUAAAGGAGUUUAAAGGAUGACAGAACGAAACUUAAGAAGUCGUGUAAAAAGAAGAGGAGAAGAGAUGCAGGGAACGGGAAAGCAGCAGAAAAACGAGUUUAAUGAGGGUAUGAAGGGAAAAGGGGGAAAGGUUGCUAAAGAACAGUGUACUUAUGGAGUAAAUACAAAGAAUGAUAAUGAUAUGAGUAUUUUGAAAGAAAGACGAAUGAUGCGUACAAGAUCUAUGGAAGCUAUAUCAGCGUAUAAACAGAGUGUUUUGAAUAGAAAAAGAAGAUCGCGUGAAGAGAGGAAGAAUCGGAGGAAUCAGGAGAAGUUACGGGAGAAAGAGGUAUUAGAAGAGGAAAAUGGAGUAAAAAUGGCUAAAAAAACGAAUAAAAUGAAUGUUUCGGUAUCUAAGAAAGAAUUACCGCGAAAAGUGAAUGCCCAGACUGUUUCUAUGAUUAAUGAGCAAUUGGAACGUAUAUUAAAAAGGUUAGAUGCCAAUGAAACACGAUUUAAGGAGCAGUUAGAUCAUUUGAAUGAAUCAAUGGAAAUGUUGAAGGGAAAGGUUAUGCAAGAGACUUCAGAUAUGUCGCAAAAUUCACAUUAUGAACCUUUAACCCAAAAAGAUGCUUCUCUUAGAACACCAUUGUUUUCUAGAGAUAAAGAGGGCACUAGUCCAUCGAGAACUCGAUGUAGCGAUUAUUCCAGGAAUUCUACUAGAAAUUCCAGUUUUAGUCAAACAGAAUCCUAUCCUCCAAGCUCCGCAAUAGCAUUGUAUAAAGUUUCUCAAGACAUGAGAUCAUCUCCGCAAAUUCAUACAGUUAAAAAACGUCAAAAAUGGACAGAAGACGAAGUUGUUGCUUUAAUCGAUCUCGUUAGUAUUUAUGGACCUUCAUGGGCUAAAAUUAAAAAAAUGGAUGUUCAUGGAUGGCUUCAAAGAAGAACUCAAGUUGAUUUAAAAGAUAAAGCGCGUAUUAUAAAGCAACAUUUAUUAGAGACUCCUGACAUUUGGAAUCAAUUUGUUAGUCAAUGUGCAAAUUGGGAAGCUGUUUCUGUUGGAAAUUCUCAUGGACAUCGUGGAGUUCAUUCAUCAUAAAUUUAAUAAAAAAAUCGGUUGUUUAAUAAUCCUUUUAUUGCAAAAU